AUGAAUGAAAAACCAUUGUGUAGAUGUUGUCUUUCUAUUGAAUGUUUUAAAAAUGUGUCUGAUGAAUACGUUGUUGGUGAUAGAAAGGAAAUAUACGGGGAAAUGUUGUUGAAUACUUUUAACAUAAAUGUUUUAAACUCAUCAAACAACUUUAGCCUCAUAUGUGAGAAUUGUAUAGUUAAACUUAGAAAUGCAACAGAAUUCAAAGUGCAAGUACUCAAAGCUCAAGAAAAUAUAUUCAAAGAAUGGAAUGGAACUUUAAAACAUAAUGGAUCCUUGAAAAUUGAAUUGAAUGACAGUGAUGACUGUGGGGAGAAAGUUAAUGAAAAUUUUAACAACAGUGAUUUUAUAUUGGAUGAUGAAACUCCUAGGCCAUCAGACCAACUAUUCACUAUAAAAUUGGAACCAAAUUCAGAUGAAGCAACAAACGAGAGUCAUAAAAAUAAAACAGUGAAUGUUUUAAAAAAUGUUCCAGAUGUAUCCAAUAUUAAGCAAAGAGUAUUACGUUCCAAAUUAACCAAGACUGGCGAAAAGACUUCGAAAAGUGUUACCAGAGCUAAAAAUGUAAAGAAAGUUAAUGCUGCAAAAAAAUUAACAAAAGCAUUCAAAACUUCAGUAGCGUCUACAGAAGACAGAAGUUAUGAAAGUCCACCGAUAACUCAACCGGAAAUCAAAGCCCGCGAAAAUACCCUCAAAUUAAUACAAAACUCGAACCUAUGUUUAUUUCGUUCUCUAAAAACCAAGUUUGGUUGUUUCAUGUGCAAAGCUAGCUUCGUAGAAGCAGCCAAGUUACGGGAACAUUCCACAAUCCACAAGAAUACGACAUUAUUAGCACACAGGUUGUUUCUCUCUGAACGCUCACGCAAAAUAAAAGUUUAUCUAAACUACGGUAUGGUCCUUCGAACCGGAUAUAUACUCUUACCUAGACUCUGUAGAAGAGUCAAGUACUCUGCGAAUGACUCAUACGAGUGA